AAUAAACUCUAUUUGGACCUUUAAUAUAUAGAUUGGGGUAUAUGUCUGUUCUUACUGUAAUAAAGCAACAGUUUUUUCUGGUCGGCGUUUUUUUGACGGAAUAUUUCCAGCCAUCGCCGCCGUUACUUGCCGGAAUCUUGGGUCCCCCCGAAAUUCCAAGAAUAUUGUGAAUCACCUCCUGAUUUUUACUUCAAUUAAAAACCUUUCCUGAUAUAUUUGUAUUUUUUUCUCCCUGGAAGAUGCUUUCUAGUUAUGGCCUUUAAGGUUUCUUAGAUUUGUUCAAGAUCUGAAUCAAAUUUGAGGAUCAAGAUCGGUUUUUGGCAUCUGGGUCUGCUUCAUUUCUCAGUGAGAAUCAAAUUUUAGUAAGUUCACUUAAAUCCCUUAACUUUGUCUUAGCUCUAAAUUAUUUAAUUACUGUCCAUUUCAGUGGUUUUUUUUGAGCUGAAGGAGUGAAGGUAUAGGUUUCGAUUGAUGGAAAGUUAUGAUCUUUUGGCUGGUUUUGGCUCCGAUCUUGUUGUUUUGUUGUCUAAUAUUAAGUUCAAUCUCAGUUGCAUAGUAGUGCUUGGAUACAGCAUUCACGGUUCUAGUUGCCAGAUUUGUUCUGCUUUUGACUUCAGAUUUGAAAUAACUUUGAAAUCCUUUGACCGAAAGAAAUUUUUGUGGAAGUUGCAGAGUUGUCUAUUCGGUUGGACGCUGGUGAUUGACAUUGACAUCAUGUUGUAGCUGUUGUCUGUGCUCACAUUGAAUCCUUGAAUUUUCUUAUGGAGACAAACUUGGAAGAAGCACUUUCUAUUAAAGCAUAUGCUGAGAAGCGUUUUAUCGAGAGGGAUUAUGCAGGUGCUAGAAAUUAUGCUUUGAAGGCUCAAAUGCUGUGCCCGGAAUUAGAGGGCAUAUCUCAAAUGGUUGCAACAUUUGGAGUUUAUACUGCUUCAGAGGCAAAAAUCAAUGGGGAGUUCGAUUUUUAUGCAAUUCUUGGGUUGAAUCCAUCCGUAGAAAAGGCCAAGUUGAAGAAACAAUACAAGAAGAUGGCUGUGUUGCUUCACCCUGACAAGAAUAAAACUGUGGGUGCUGAUGGAGCGUUCAAGCUUGUUUCUGAAGCAUGGACGGUCUUGUCUGAUAGUAACAAGAGGGCUCUUUAUGAUAACAAGAGAAACUACAUUACUACUCAUACUACUGGGGUCAGUGGGUAUGACAAUUAUUCUAAAUCCUCUACUUCCCAUCAGAGACUUGAUACAUUUUGGACUGUUUGCACCUCUUGUCAUGUUCAGUAUGAAUAUCUCCGGAAAUAUGUGAACAAGAAACUUUCUUGUAAGAACUGCCGAGGUGUUUUUGUUGCUGUUGAAACUGGUGUAGCUCCUGUUAACGGUUCUUUUCCUUAUUGCCCUUGGUCAUUUGUUCCCGACAAUGGAUAUACAAGUCAUGGAUGUGGGGUUCAAUACAUCCCAUCAGCAACUGCCUAUUGUUCAGGGAAUGGGAUCUCCGGACAUCAUUCUGGACAUGGAUCGGAGUAUGUCUCUAACAUAUCAUUUCAGUGGGCGUCCUUUACUGGUAAUUCUUCUGGAGUUUCAGAUCCUAAUGGAAUUUCGAUAUUCACUGAUGUGGCUCCUCAGGUAAAUGGACAGGCAACUGUAACUGUGUCUAAUGGGAAACGUCAUAAGAAGAAGAAUGCAAUGGUUGAUGUCCCAAAUGGGUUUUCUGCUAAUACUGAGCCACCUGCAACCAAGGUUUCCAGACCUUAUAAGAAGAGAAAGUUUGAUCCAGGAAGCACUUGCAGUAGUGGGAAUAUGGAUUUUGCAAGGGCCUCUGCAGAAGUGAGAGUUUCAAACGCAAAUGGAGGUCCAAAACCUAAUCCUAAGCCUGUAGCUCCGGCUGACACAUCAGUAAAGCGGUGUUCUGCUGCUCCUGCAUUUGAUGCAAGACAAUUGUUGAUCGAUAAAGCUAGAACAGUCAUCCGUCAGAAACUCAAAGAGAUCAAAUUGGCUUCAGAAGCUGCUGCUGCUGAAGCUGAAAAGAAGAAAAAGGCAGAGGCUGAACAAGAGAAACUUGCUCUCACACCUAGUAAAGCUGUUUCAGGUGGUCUAGGUCAUCAAGCAGAGCCAAAAAGAGCGGGUUCCUUGUCCAUAACAGUCCCUGACUCGGACUUUCAUGAUUUUGACAAGGACCGAUCUGAAGAGUGUUUCAAGCCGAAACAGGUAUGGGCUUUGUACGAUGAAGAGGAUGGUAUGCCACGGUUGUAUUGUCUGAUCCGCCAAAUUAUCUCAGUUAAGCCUUUUAAGGUUCACAUCAGCUACCUGAGCUCAAGAACUGACACUGAAUUUGGGGCUGUGAACUGGUUGGAUUCUGGAUUUACAAAAUCUUGUGGAAAUUUUAGGGCUUUCAAUGCUGAAAUUGUUGAGCAGGUCAAUAUUUUUUCCCAUCUGCUGAGUAAGGAGAAAGCUGGAAGGGGAGGGUGCAUAAGAAUUUACCCUAGAAGUGGAGAUAUUUGGGCUGUAUAUCGAAAUUGGUCAUCUGAUUGGAACCGUACUACGCCAGCUGAAGUGAGACAUCAAUAUGAGAUGGUCGAGGUACUUGGUGACUAUUCAGAAGAUAUUGGUGUCUGUGUGGCUCCUCUACUUAAAUUGGAGGGUUUCAAGACUGUAUAUCGAAGGAAUGACAGUAAAGAAGCUAUCAGGUGGAUCCCGCGAAGGGAGAUGCUACGGUUUUCACACCAGGUGCCUUCUUGUUUACUUAAAGGAGACACGUUUAACUUGCCUGAUGGUUGUUGGGAUCUUGAUCCUGCUGCGACCCCUGAUGAGCUACUUCAACUAGUGCAAGAAAGGCAAAAGGAAGAGAGUCUUCCUCAAACUGGAGUAGAAGUUGGAGUAUCAAAUGAUUCUUGUCUCCCCGGAAGCAGCAGUCAUGGGGAACCCCUUGAUCAAAUAAACAAUUUUUCUGUGACUCUGGAGAAUGGCCUAAAAUUUGAUGUGGAUAGUCUAUUCAACUAGAAGGCAGCAAUAAUCCUACUAAGGUUCAACAGCCUGAGACUGAUUCGUACUGGCUUAGGGACUUGCCUAGUCAACAGGAAUUUUUUCGGGUUGCUUCUACGCAGGCGUGUUUCUUAGAAACAUGGAGCAAGAAGGGCGUACAUCAAGGUUAGAGGUCCCCCUUUAUUGAUUAUUCUAACAAAGUUGAAGAGUUGAGACUAAACAAUGUAUAGAUUUAAUACAAAUCCAAGGUCAGUUCUUUUCAGAUUUAGAUAGGUGGGAGGAUCAAAACCGAUCCGUCAUGAAUGUGUUUCCCUAUUGUUUAAGCUAGCUCUGAUUUAUGGAGCAACUUGUAUUCCCAACUCUGUAUUAACUGCUUGUUUUACAUGAACAUUUGUCAUGUUAAUUACAGCUCUGUCUGUUGUGUACCUAUGUUAUUAUGGUCGUCUACUCAGCUAUUUUGCACUGUACUGGUGCUUCCGCUAGAUGGAGCGGCCAAUCAUCAUGAGUACUUUUGGCUCGAGAAUCUUGUUGGCAUUUCUGUUUUACUAGUUUUCUUUUAAUUUGUUAGAUUGAAUGGUAAAAGCUAUGUUACAGUUUACUACUCAAAUUGAAGCAUGUUACCAC